AUGGCGCUGGAGUCCUCCAAAUUUGACCCGAAAGACCUGAAUCUCGUUGCCGCCUUUAGUGACGAAUAUCUCAAGAGACGGCCGCGUGUUCCUCCCACCAUCAGCUUAUCAGAUGGCUUCCAACUAGCAGAAUUACACCAGUGCGUCGGCCAUCUGGGGUCCAAGUUUCGGGACAUGGCACUCCAUCGUCUCAUGAAAGAGCAGUGUAGUCUCGCCAACGACCGUCCUGACUGGCCUGACGCACCUUCUUCCGCUGAGAAGCCAACCGAUGCCGAGUCUGCUCGUUUUCACAGAGCCCUCUAUCGAUUCGAGGUCUACUGCAAGCUUUUCAAAGACCCCGAAGUUGUACGAUUCAAUCUGGAUAUCGUAAACUUCCAGAGAGCGCACUUUUUUGAUUACCUGUCACUUUGGGAGAUUGAACAAUUGGUUGCGACAAGGGAUUUUCUUGCAGCGGUUGUCAUUGGUCCUCCAUUGCGUGCGCUCGUGGAGCUUCGUAAGAUCGAGGCUCUGCAGACACACCAUUGCGGCCCUAGAAAUGGCGCUCAAGUUGUGUACUGGACCGCUCCAAUCUUACCUCCCAAUUUGGAGCGCGGCGAUUGCCACAUCAACCAGAACCAGGCUCGACUGCUAUGCUUUGGGAUCAAGUUUCUCUACAGGGUGUCAACAUCACCGCCAACUCAGUUCUACCAGCUACUUCUCGCCCUCCCGCAACAGCCACGGUACGCCAGUUACAACCGGGUUGGCGAGAUUUACUCAUGGUUCACGGAUGCUGUUGACAGAUGCGUCGAAAUGAGCAACUUGGAACUCCCGAUCAGGAAAGCUCUGUCAUCCUAUACUCCGGACGAGUACAAAGAGCAUGUCCGACAGUCACUGAUAAGCGAGGACACCGAUAAGGGCCCAGAAGAAGCCUGGUAUUGGGCAUAUCAAUCUUUUCCAGGGUCAACCUGCAAUGAUCCUCGGAUGACGAACUGUCGUCUCUUUGGCUUGUUCUUCUGGGACUCUGCUCGGCUCAACACCAUCAACUUCUUCACCCGGGUCGAUGUUUGCGACGGUUCCUCCGGCAUCCUUUUGGUGACGGCAGCCUCGUGUAUGCUUCCCACGACCAUUGACAUUCUCGAGCUGCAAGGGGGGCCUCUCGUGAUAUACACGGGCGGGCAUUACACUCUUGCGCCUGCUAAAAGAAACUGGGGAUGCGCUCAAAAUGGGACAUCGAUACAAAGGCCAUCGCUAUCAGAAGCCAAGGAAGCUGGGUCAACGACCGAGAGAAGAAAGGCAGAAAAGAGAAGGCGACUGGAUCUUGAACGAUUCAAAGGCUCCGGACGAUUGACAGAAACAUCGACUUCGACUGUAAGACGGAGUGAAACAACGAGAGACUCUGGAAAGGCAAAGAAGGAAGAAGGAAAUCAAGACAUGCGUCCAACAUUGCCUACCAUCGUCCAGAGGGCUCAACGAUAUCCAGCAACCUCACGCCGGCUUCAUGAGACUUUGUGA